AUGUGCAGCGACAGGCGUCGUGUAGCGGACACGCGCCUGACCCAGGACUCCCAAAUGUCCUGUAGCCGGAAGUGACGCGUAGUAGACUCUUUAUUACCGGUAGGAGAGUCUUCCUGGCAGUGAAAUGUUUUUGUUUUUUUUCUCCUGACGCUAUGUCCUGUUUCCGGGGGAGGGGGUUUGGGGGUGGGAACAGUCAGGGUCUAACUCCUCCUCAGUUGUGAAGGAAGCUGGAGCACCAGGCGCUGCCGGCGGCUUGUGUUCCAUCACCGACAGUGAAGGGGAGAACAAGAGCUGACGUGGAACCAAAGCGGGUCCUUCACCAGUUCCUCCUUGCUGCCUUCGCUCUUCGAUAGGAGACCACCAUCGGCAAGUGACGGCCAAUCACAGCUUGGCUCCCCUUACUCCGCUCAGGUGGUGGAGGGGGAACACAGCCAAUCACGGCUCGACUUUCAUCCUGACUCUUAAUUGUCACCGCUGGUUGGAAUCGAGAACUGCUAAAACUAUCUACCAAUAGCCUGAGAGAGUGCAGGAACGAGGAGCCGGGGGUGGGAUCACUGGACAGCCAAUCAACGUCCUACAUUCCUGUCACAGAACAGCUGGGGAGAGAUGAGGACCAGGAGGUGACUCAGCCAUCUCCAAGGCAACGGGCCAGUCAUCUGCUAGACCUUUUCCCCCCCACCACACCCUUAUUCCAGCCAAUUGCUGCUCCUCCUAACACCCUUCAUCUUGGAGUACAGGUGUGAAAACAAGUCAACCAAUCAGAGGACCUCUCUGCAAUUCUAGGUGAAGACUAGGAUAUGCCAGCCAAUGAGAAGAGAGAUUUCCAAACUACAGUGUAGCCAAUCAGCUAUCUUUCUAGUGCCUGUGUUUAAAAAAAAAAAAAAGGAGUGCCAUUUUGUGGAGUGGGAUACCAGGAACCCACUUGAGUAGACAGAUUUCCCUAAGUGCCUGGGAACCAUCACUAGCCACGCGCCAGAAAGGCCAGUGGGGCAAGGACCCGCCAAGCCCUUCUCUCAACCCCAGAUUGGGAUCCACAGAUUCGGGACAGCAAGACACUAACCUCCAUGAAUGGAAAUCGGCACCGCAGGACCCGUGGGGGCACAGCCCGUUUUUAUGGUGCCCAGACGGCCUGGCUAUGGCACCAUGGGAAAGCCCAUCAAGCUCCUGGCCAAUUGCUUUCAAGUGGAAAUCCCAAAGAUUGACGUCUACCUCUAUGAGGUGGACAUUAAACCAGACAAAUGUCCUCGCAGAGUUAACAGGGAGGUUGUUGACUCGAUGGUCCAGCAUUUCAAAGUCACCAUAUUUGGUGACCGUCGACCAGUUUAUGAUGGCAAAAGAAGCUUGUAUACUGCCAAUCCACUGCCCGUAGCAUCUACUGGGGUGGAUUUGGAUGUAACAUUACCAGGAGAAGGAGGGAAAGAUCGUCCCUUUAAGGUCUCCAUCAAAUUUGUUUCUAGGAUAAGCUGGCAUGUGCUGCAUGAAGUACUGACUGGAAGGUCCCUCCCUGAGCCAUUGGAACUGGACAAGCCAAUAAGCACCAACCCUGUCCAUGCAGUUGAUGUAGUGUUACGCCAUCUACCCUCUAUGAAGUACACCCCUGUAGGGAGGUCGUUCUUUUCUGCACCUGAAGGGUAUGAUCACCCCUUGGGGGGCGGAAGAGAAGUGUGGUUUGGCUUCCAUCAAUCUGUCCGACCUGCCAUGUGGAAAAUGAUGCUUAAUAUAGAUGUUUCUGCCACUGCCUUCUACAAAGCACAACCAGUUAUCCAGUUUAUGUGUGAAGUUCUAGAUAUUCAUAACAUAGAUGAACAACCCCGACCUCUGACCGAUUCUCACCGGGUAAAAUUCACCAAAGAGAUAAAGGGUCUGAAGGUUGAAGUGACUCAUUGUGGAACAAUGAGACGGAAAUACCGUGUUUGUAAUGUGACAAGGAGGCCUGCCAGCCAUCAAACCUUUCCUUUACAGCUGGAGAAUGGGCAGACCGUGGAAAGAACAGUCGCUCAGUACUUUAGAGAAAAGUAUAAUCUUCAGCUGAAGUAUCCUCAUUUGCCCUGUCUGCAAGUUGGACAGGAACAGAAACACACAUACCUGCCUCUAGAAGUUUGUAACAUUGUAGCUGGCCAACGAUGUAUCAAGAAGCUGACUGACAAUCAGACAUCCACUAUGAUCAAAGCAACAGCUCGGUCUGCCCCAGACAGACAGGAGGAGAUCAGCAGGCUGGUUAGAAGUGCGAAUUAUGACGCAGAUCCCUUUGUUCAAGAAUUCCAAUUUAAGGUGCGGGAUGAAAUGGCCCAUGUGACAGGAAGAGUACUUCCAGCGCCAAUGUUACAGUAUGGCGGGAGGAAUCGCACAGUGGCAACUCCGAGUCAUGGGGUCUGGGACAUGCGGGGAAAACAGUUCCACACUGGUGUGGAAAUCAAAAUGUGGGCCAUUGCAUGUUUUGCAACGCAAAGGCAAUGCAGGGAAGAAAUCUUGAAGGGAUUCACAGACCAGCUGAGGAAGAUCUCAAAAGAUGCAGGGAUGCCCAUCCAGGGUCAGCCAUGCUUCUGUAAAUACGCGCAGGGCGCGGACAGCGUGGAGCCAAUGUUCAGGCACCUCAAAAACACUUACUCUGGCCUCCAGCUCAUUAUUGUCAUACUGCCAGGAAAAACACCAGUAUAUGCGGAGGUAAAGCGUGUUGGAGACACAUUGCUGGGUAUGGCUACUCAGUGUGUCCAAGUGAAGAAUGUAAUAAAAACAUCUCCUCAAACUCUCUCAAAUUUGUGCCUAAAAAUUAAUGUAAAAUUGGGAGGGAUUAACAACAUCUUAGUCCCACACCAACGACCGUCUGUUUUCCAACAACCUGUGAUCUUCUUAGGAGCAGAUGUUACUCACCCUCCUGCUGGUGAUGGCAAAAAGCCUUCAAUUGCUGCUGUUGUAGGCAGUAUGGAUGCACACCCGAGCCGAUACUGUGCCACAGUUAGGGUGCAGCGCCCUCGGCAGGAGAUUAUCCAUGAUCUUGCUUCCAUGGUGAGGGAGCUUCUGAUCCAGUUCUACAAAUCCACAAGGUUCAAACCCACCCGAAUCAUCUUCUACCGAGAUGGUGUGUCAGAAGGACAGUUCCGGCAGGUGCUGUAUUAUGAGCUGCUAGCAAUCCGAGAAGCCUGCAUUAGUCUGGAGAAAGACUACCAGCCUGGAAUCACAUACAUUGUAGUACAGAAAAGACACCAUACAAGGCUGUUCUGCGCAGACCGAACUGAAAGGGUUGGAAGAAGUGGCAACAUUCCAGCUGGUACGACGGUGGACACGGACAUAACUCAUCCAUAUGAGUUUGACUUUUACCUCUGCAGUCAUGCUGGAAUACAGGGUACUAGCAGGCCUUCUCACUAUCAUGUCUUGUGGGAUGACAACUGUUUUACUGCUGACGAACUCCAGCUGCUAACCUACCAGCUGUGCCACACCUAUGUCAGAUGCACUCGAUCUGUCUCCAUCCCUGCUCCUGCUUAUUAUGCCCAUCUUGUGGCAUUCAGAGCUAGGUACCAUCUUGUGGACAAAGAGCAUGACAGUGCUGAAGGAAGCCACGUAUCUGGUCAAAGCAAUGGUCGGGACCCACAAGCCCUUGCCAAGGCGGUGCAAAUUCACCAGGAUACCUUACGUACCAUGUACUUCGCAUGAGAGUGACCCCAAACAUGCGCAGGUUUGACUUACUGCAAGGAACCUGAAGGAUCACAUGUGGGUUUUCAGGGCCCAGUGGGGUGGUUCACUUUCUCACAGACAUCUCCCGACCUCCCGUCUCUCCCCAGCAUUUUCUUCUGGCUUGCACUGAAGCCCAGGCGCAAUGAUUGAGGGGCGGGCUAGUCCUGGGAAUAGAAGAUCAUUGAGGAACACAGCACUAUUAUGCAAUAUGAAACCAGCCAACUGCUAGAUUGUUGUAAUGGAGCCUCCACAUGGAUGCACUGCUUAUGUUUUGUGUUACUUUUACUUUCCAAUAUUUAACCCUUUUAUGCCUUUACCUCAAAUUGCUCUGCAGCACUGGCUGUCUUUGCAAAAAAAAAAAA